AUGAACAUCGUGACCACAUCAACGAAUUCUGCGUCUGCAGCCAGCAAUAAUAACGAGUCUACUACUUCGAUCACUGAUACUAAGAAUACGGAACCUACAAAUCCUGAGACCACAACCAACUCUGAUACCGAUUCCAUCGCUUCUAUCUCUGAAUCAAAGAGCCCAACGCUCACGGAUUCUAUGCAAAAGUACGCAGAAUCUAUUUACCUAUGUAACGCAAUUAUUCCACCCGCAGUAAAAGCCAAAUUAGUGCCUCGCCAGGGACAACAACAACGUGCGCUUCAUUGCACAGAACAACCCGUUGCCCACUAUGCAUCAGUUGACAAGUUCUAUCAGUAA